AUGUCGUCGCACGCGACGGGGGACGAUGGCAGCGAGGGGAGACAUAGACUAACCCAGCUGUUCUCAGUCAAUCACGCCAACAUCAAGCGCCUGGCGCAUCUCCACAGCCGACAGAGUGACGAGAGCUGGAACCCAUUCCGGCAUGUUCACUCCAAGAAGCCCGGCAACAAGCAAUCCAACACCUGGGAUGUCGAGCUCGGAGAAACCCAGCAUGGGGCGGACCUAACACAGUCAGUCACAUCGCCAUAUCCGCAAACAGGCAUCAGAGAAGAAGAAUCCGGAACUGGCGCAGGCACCGAAGAAGCUGUUCGCAAGCCCAGCAAUGAGACGCAGGAGCAACUCAUCCGAACCCCGUCAGGACUUGACGCCGAUGGGAUACGGAAUCGCGGCAAGGGGGACCAGGAUGAAAAGCUUGACGCGCCGCCUCUUAGCGAGACUGACAACAGCAAGACGAAGAAGCCCAAUGAGACUGGUCUCUUCCGCCACGUCUACCCCAAGGAGCCUUUUACCGUUGCCAACCAGAUCCAGCGAACGCUGCUCAACUCAUGGAUCAAUGUGCUGCUCGUUGCUGCUCCGGUCGGUAUCGCCCUCAACUACAUCCACUCCGUCAAUCGUAUCGCGGUUUUCGUCGUCAACUUCAUCGCCAUCAUCCCGCUUGCCGCCAUGUUGAGUUUUGCUACUGAAGAGAUUGCUCUCCGAACUGGCGAGACCCUUGGUGGAUUGCUCAACGCUACCUUUGGUAAUGCUGUUGAACUCAUCGUGGCCAUCAUUGCUCUGAUCGACGGCAAGGUCAACAUUGUGCAGACUUCGCUUAUUGGCUCCAUUCUCUCCAACCUGCUACUCGUCAUGGGAUUCUGCUUCUUCUUCGGUGGUCUGCGUCGCCCGGAGCAAUACUUCAACACCACUGUGGCGCAGACUGCCGCCUCUAUGCUGGCCUUGGCUGCUGCCUCCGUCAUUGUUCCCACCGUCUUCGAUGCCGCCGCCAAUACGCCUACCAAGGACGUUGCCAAGCUCUCUCGCGGUACUGCCGUCAUCUUGCUCGUCGUCUAUGGCGCCUACCUGUUCUUCCAGCUCAAGACCCACUCGCAGGUCUUCAACGAACAGAGUCAAAAGGUUCCCGCCAAGCCAUGGAGCCGCGGGUCUUCAAACCCCAACAUCAAGCAAGGCCUGGUGGUUCCCGCCACUUUGGUCGGCGGCCGCGCUGUCGACAAGGAAAACUUCAAUGUCACAGUAGAGGAAGAGGAAGAGGAAGACCCUCAGUUGAACUUCUGGGUGGCUAUUGCUACUUUGGCUGGCUCUACCGUCAUUAUUGCUCUCUGCGCUGAGUUCAUGGUCGGAUCCAUCGAUGCCAUUACCCAGAACGGUGCUCUGUCCGAUGAAUUCGUUGGUCUUAUUCUGCUUCCCAUUGUUGGCAACGCCGCUGAGCACGCUACUGCCGUCACUGUCGCUGUCAAGGACAAGAUGGAUCUUGCCAUUGGUGUUGCUGUUGGAUCCAGCAUGCAAGUCGCCCUGUUUCUCAUUCCCAUGUUGGUCGUUAUCGGUUGGGGCAUGGGCAACGACGAGAUGAACCUGAGCUUCGAUACCUUCCAGGUUGCUGUCAUGUUUGUUGCCGUGCUGCUGGUCAACUACCUCAUUGGCGAUGGAAAGAGCCAUUGGCUUGAAGGCUGGCUGCUGAUGUGCCUCUACGCUAUCAUCGCUGUCUGCGCAUUCUGGUAUCCCAACUCCGACACUAUGACCGGAGCGGCAUAA